AGUUUUGAAUUUAAUAUCGGAAGGAGCGUUCCAGAAGGCCGCAAAAGCGCAUCUGAAGGCACAUGAUGCACUCAUGGCCAGUGUUGCCAACUUAAUGAUAUUUUCGAUAGAUCUUGCGGAUUUUUUCUCUUCCCCUGGCAAUGUAAUUUUUGCACAGGGCCUAAUGACGAAUCUAGCAACUUUCUGGGACGAGGGCAUUAAGCAAAUUUGCGAGCGAUUGCAGGUGUAUAUUGAAGAUCCUGUAUCUAUUUUCUAUGUCUAAUAGUAGGUAAAUGGUAUCGUGAUAUUUUCGAUUAAUUUAGAAGGUCUAACUAGCAACAUCUAGUGGAUUUUUGAGGUUCCUUUUUGGCGAGAUGUAUCUGAACGGAGUUGGCAACACUGCUUGUGGCUGUAAUUAAGAUUGCAAAUUCUACUUCCCAUGACAUUCUGGUUUCUAUAUAUACUGUAUAUACACACCGAAGCCAUUAGCAGCACAUCUAUAAGACGUGAUGAUAUAUGUUCUUUACUACAAUUGUGAAUGAAACUGUCUACCAAGAGGGACCUCGAAAGGCACCUGAAACCUUGUUAGGCGUUGCACUCCACCAUCCUGUCACUUGUUCCAUCUGAUGCCUUGUCCACCAGGGAGCGCACCCCUUGCUGCAAGUAGAAUGGUGACACCUUUCUUUGUCAGGGGGAUACAUUUUUGUCGAGGUCAAAGGUCAACGAUUGUACGUAGCUCUUAAUCAAUACCAUACGUCCUUGGGUCCUUUCAGUCAGAAUGGGCUCUCAGUUGACUAUGUUUGAUAACAAAUUGCUCGUUCUGUGACGGAAAAAUGAAAUUUGUAUGGAGAUAUAGCGUUAUAUAAAUAUGUUCAGAGAUAUGUAUUUUUUCCUUGAUAUGCUUGGGUUGCAGCAGCAAUGCUUCCAAUCAUAGUGUCAAGAAUUCAAACCCCUAUGGGCCCGUUUUGAUCCAGCCUCAUCAUCUCACUGGGGUUCAUAACAUUAUGAACCACCCAGUGAACACCACUUAGUGACAGCUCAACUGUAGCAGUUGGUGGACUAACCCCCACCAUAAGAACAUGGAAUUCUCACUUCUGGCUCACGACUGCCAAUGAAUGUGCAGUAGCAGCAGCAGCACUAGGGUUACCACCUCCGAGGUAGAACAAAAGCUUGGACAUGCCAUGUGAGGAGGACGGAGAAGUGAGAACUGUGUGUAACUGAAAUGAAGCAUAAUCUUUGAUGUCUGUUCUUCUGGGAAGACUUACAUGUUUCCCAGGACAGCUGCCACAAAGAGAGGGCCAUCUUUGGAAACGCAGGACAGGUGGCAACACAAAGCAGCACCCAAGGGUCAUUUACACGUCGGGACACUGAAUACAGUACUGCACAUAAUUCUGUCUUCAGGUGUGUCGGGACAGGUAAACAUUGAUGUUAACGGAGAGCGCUUCCUAGAUUACGCUGUGUUCAACCUGCAGAAGAAGGGCAACAGCAGUCAGUUCCUGCCCGUAAUGGUGUUCGACACCUUCCAGGGAAGUAUCAGCUUUACCCCAGAAUACCAGAAGAUGGUAUGGCCAGAGGGAGGGCCUCCGAAUGACAUGCCGAUAUGUGGUUUCCUUGGAGAACUCUGCCAGGAGAUUCCGUAUAACUUGGCGCUAGUGCUGGUCGGCACCAUCUCCUCUGUGGUCAUCGUGGGCUCCGUUGUCUACAUACUGUACCUCAUAGUGCAGAGACACCUCUUGCAAGGCGGCAAGGAUUUCAUGUGGUGGAAAAUUAACAUCGAGGAGAUCGUCAUGGUCAGCACGAGCAAGCAAGGGAAUGCGGCAUCCUGCUCACUGCAAACUCCGGUGGAAAAUGGAAGCUACAAGUCAGGAGAGCAACUCUCAAGCAACCAGAGCAAUGCUCACCAUGGAGUGCUCGGCAGGGAGAAGAUGUUCACGCCUCUCGGCAUCUACCAGGGAAACCAAGUCGCUCUCAAGUUUCUGCAGAGGACCCGACCUCCUGACCUCAAGAGCAAGACCUUGCUGAAGGAGCUGCAGAUGCUCCGGGAACUUCGUCAUGAGAACCUGGUGGUGUUUUUUGGCGUUUGCGUGGAGAUGCCCAACAUUUGUAUCGUGACGCAAUACUGUCGCAAGGGAAGCCUCAAGGAUGUGCUGAAGACUUCUGAUUUUGAGCUGGACUUGAUGUUCAAGACCUCCUUUGCUUAUGACAUUGUGAACGGCAUGAUAUUCCUGCACAAGAGUCCCAUAAAAUCUCACGGGAACCUCAAGCCGUCCACUUGCCUGCUGGACAGCCGCCUGCAAAUCAAGCUCACCGGCUUCGGUAUCUGGGAGUUCCGCCACGGAAAGAAGGGGAAGAUCAUGGACGUCAACAAUCAAGAUAAGCUGUUCUGGACAUCACCGGAGCUGCUCCGCAUGGAGAUCUUCCCGGUGAACGGCACCCCCAAGGGGGACGUGUUCAGCUUCGGCGUGCUCAUGCGCGAGAUGAUCUACCACGAGGACGAGGGGCCCUACGUCGGCGUCGACAUGGAGCCCAAAGAAAUAAUCGACCAGGUGCGGGAGGGGAAAUGUUCGCCUCCUCUGCGGCCCCUGCUCACGGAGCGCUGUGAGCCGCGCAUUCAGGCCCUGAUCCAGCGUUGCUGGGACGAAUCUCCCGACCGCCGGCCCGACUUCCACUCUAUCGCACGCAUGCUGCGCUCCGCCAGCCCCGAAGGACACAGGAGCAUUUUGGACAACAUGGUUUCAAAGUUGGAGAAGUACGCCAACCACCUGGAGGAGGUGGUAGAAGACCGCACGGCCCAGCUGGAGAGUGAGAAGAAGAAGACAGACCGUCUGCUGUCCAGCCUGCUGCCGAGUGUUGUUGUGGAACAGCUGAAGGCCGGCAAGACCGUGCAGCCUGAGCACUUUGAGCAGGUGACCAUCUUCUUCUGCGACAUCGUGGGCUUCACGGCCAUGAGCGCCAUCAGCAGCCCACUGGAGGUCAUCACCCUCCUCAACGACCUCUACAACCUCCUCGAUGACAUCAUCAAGGAAUACGAUGUCUACAAGGUGGAGACUAUCGGGGACGCGUACAUGGUGGCGAGCGGCCUCCCCGUGCGCAACGGCGUGCGGCAUGUGGAGGAGAUCUCCAUCAUGUCCCUCCACUUCCUGAGCUCCAUCAUAAAUUUCCGCAUCCGCCACCUUCCCAAGGAGCAGCUCAAAAUUCGCAUCGGCGUCAACAGCGGUUCGGUGGUGGCAGGAGUGGUGGGGAACACCAUGCCCAGGUACUGCCUCUUCGGAGACACCGUCAACGUGGCCUCACGCAUGGAGAGCACCGGUUACCCUCUGCGCAUCCACGUUUCUGAAUCAACCGCGUCUCUCUUGAAAUCGAUUGGAGGUUACGAACUGGUUGAGAGGGGAGCAAUCCAACUAAAGGGGAAAGGUAGCCAGCUGACGUACUGGCUGAACGGCAAGUUUGGGUUCCACAUGCCUCUGCCAGACUUUGACUACAUGGAGGAAAUCAUGAGGAGCAAGCUCAGCACUGAGAGUAGCCAGAUUGUGGAGUCUAAAGCCGAGGAAAUGGUGCGGGAGCUGGAAAAAUUCCAGCUGACGCAGAGAAUGCGUCCGCAGGGGAAGAGCGUGGAAGGGUGCAGCACCGAGAAUGCCCUCCCCUCCUCUGUGACCGCCACGGAUCAUGUGUGGGCCGCAACCCAGUAGGGUGCUCUCAAGUCCGAACGGAAUCAAUAGAUUGUCAAUGGGUCAGCUACCAAUCGUCUUGUGUUGAGCGAGACCCAUCACUGAACAUUAGAACUCCUCUUAUGCGUGGCCUUAUUACACCUGUGACUCCUGUUAUCCGUUAGAUCAAUAGGAUCUUCGAAAACUCGUGUAUUGUCCGUGCCUCAGUUGUUCCUGUUCGUCGCGAUCAUCCUGAGUGUUUUUUUUACAUCCUGCGUUGAGGAAUGGAUUCCUAUUAGUCACACAUUUUUCAUGGAUAAGUGGAGCGCAUCGGCAAAUGAAUGCUAUUAUCUGUGAUUGUAAGUGGCUAAAUUCACGGAUAACAUCGCGGAUAACAGGAUCCCACGAUGUCCAUUCCUUACAUCACCGUGGAUUAGCACGGUCGGCUACAAAUGGUGCGAAUGAAGUUCAAUAAACAUAUAUACGUGAA